CACAGUCUCAGCCAACGGAUUGUGCAUCUCGGGGGAUCCCGCCUGCGCCCCACUUGCACCCCCAGACUCACCCUGAAACCGUGUGGAUUUAGCGCAGUCCCAGGACUCACAAGCGGCUCAUACACAGCGACUCGCUCCCCCUUCCUCCUCCUCCUCCUUUUUUCAAACAGUCUCCGUCUCCCUUCCCCCCGCGCCUGGGAUCUCCGACCCUUCCUGCUGCUCCUGGAGUCCCGGUGUGACAUACGUGCGCCCUGAAUGGCAUCUUUCCUGCGCGACCUCCAUGCUGAACCCCACAGGACCACGCACUGCUUCCCAUCUCGCAAGUAGCCAAUCAGCAUCAAGAUGUGCUAAUCGCAUUGGCAUAUGCCCAACUCCCUGUGUCUCUUAUUUCGGCCAUCUGAUUUUCUUAUGAGUGGGGACUGGACAGCCAAUCAAAAUAGAGUCGCUAAAGGUUAAAGUUGACUUUCUGAAGGUGCCUUUCGGCCUGAAGAAGCCUGUGCUGAAAGAGGCAGUCGCAGUUUUGGCUUCGACCCAGGGUUCGGGGGGACCCAAAUCCGCCAACGUGGAUCGCCACAAAAGCCGGUACUCUGAAAACAUGGACAACGAUUCCCAGUACUCUGGUUACUCCUAUAAGUCCGGCCACUCCAGGAGUUCCCGAAAACACAGAGAUCGGAGGGAGCGGCAUCGAUCUAAAAGCCGAGAAGGAAGCCGCGGUGAUAAAUCGGUCACCAUCCAAGCACCAGGGGAGCCCUUAUUGGAUAACGAGUCAACGAGAGGGGAAGACAGGGAUGAUAACUGGGGAGAAACCACCACAGUGGUCACAGGAACCUCUGAGCACAGUAUAUCUCAUGAUGAUAUCACACGUAUCACUAAGGACAUGGAGGACAGCGCCAAGCUGGACUGCUCUAGACACCUUGGGGUUGUCAUUGGUGGAGCCUUGGCUCUUCUCUCAUUCCUGACCCCAAUUGCCUUCAUGCUGCUGCCCCAGAUCCUAUGGAGGGAGGACUUGGAGCAGUGUGGCACAGCCUGUGAGGGUCUCUUCAUCUCCGUGGCCUUCAAGCUCCUCAUACUUCUACUAGGUAGCUGGGCACUGUUCUUCCGUCGCCCAAAAGCCUUCUUCCCAAGGGUGUUUGUUUUUCGAGCCCUUCUCAUGGUGCUUGUCUUCCUCUUGGUGGUUUCCUACUGGCUCUUUUAUGGAGUACGGAUACUGGAAUCCCGGGACAAGAACUACCAGGGAAUUGUACAGUAUGCAGUGUCUCUGGUGGAUGCACUACUCUUUGUCCACUAUUUGGCUGUUGUCCUUCUGGAGUUGAGGCAGCUCCAGCCUCAGUUUACCAUCAAGGUUGUACGGUCAACAGAUGGAGCUAGUCGAUUCUACAACAUUGGUCAUCUAAGUAUCCAGCGAGUUGCCGUAUGGAUUUUGGAAAACUAUUAUCACGACUUCCCUGUCUACAACCCUGCUCUCCUGAACCUGCCAAAAUCCAUCCUGUCCAAGAAAAUGUCUGGCUUCAAGGUCUACUCCCUCGGAGAGGAAAACACCACCAACAACUCAACGGGGCAGUCCCGAGCUGUGAUAGCCGCCGCCGCAAGGAGGCGAGACAACAGCCACAACGAGUAUUACUACGAGGAGGCUGAACACGAGCGGCGGGUUCGAAAGCGGAAAGCUAGGCUGGUGGUAGCGGUGGAAGAGGCUUUCACACACAUCAAACGGCUACAAGAUGAAGACCAGAAAAACCCCAGAGAGAUCAUGGACCCGAGAGAGGCAGCUCAGGCCAUCUUUGCCUCUAUGGCGAGAGCCAUGCAGAAAUAUCUACGGACAACGAAGCAGCAGCCAUAUCACACCAUGGAGAGCAUCCUUCAUCACCUCGAGUUCUGUAUCACCCAUGAUAUGACUCCAAAGGCUUUUCUGGAGCGUUACCUAGGCCCUGGCCCAACUAUCCAGUACCACAAAGACCGCUGGCUGGCAAAGCAGUGGACGCUGGUCAGCGAGGAACCCGUCACCAACGGUCUGAAGGACGGCGUUGUGUUCGUCUUGAAGCGCCAAGACUUUAGCCUCGUGGUCAGCACCAAGAAGAUCCCCUUCUUUAAGCUGUCCGAGGAGUUUGUGGACCCCAAGUCUCAUAAGUUUGUCAUGAGACUUCAAUCGGAGACCUCGGUUUGAAAGACGCGAGCCACUGGGCAGGUGGAAAGAGAUCUAAAGGAAAAGGGAGGUGGAACAUGUUGCGCCCUUGCACAUCUUUCCUUCUGGUGGGGAUUUUUUUUAGGUCUCCACUUUCUGAUUUUAGAGAACAACAAUAUGCCAUCUUGCGCCAACCCAGGAUUAUUCCAUCUAUCGGCUACAAUGCUCAGUUACUCUUUACACAGGGAUUGAACAAGACAGAUGGGGAAUAUCGUUCAUUCUUCCAAAUACCAGUGUGCCCAAUGGUUGACUGGCAUCAGGAGCCGAUAAACUGUACAAAACUUGACCAAUCCACAGUCCCUCCUCUUCCGACCAUCUCUGCAAUAAUUGCCUUCACCAAUAAAGGCCAUAAAGGAUACAAAUCUCUUGCCAACAUUCAAGGGCUAUCCGUUUAUUCUACGUGUACAUGUUUUGUACAAAACCACCUUUGUGGUGCUGGCCCUAGAGGGUCCUCUUCUCACCUAUGACAAACUCCCUAAGUCCCGUGCUGUGAGGCGUGUUGACUUGAGGACAUUUGAAUCAACGAGGAGCAUGGAGGCCAAAUUGGCUGAUUUUUCCGGAAAAAGACUUGGUAUCACCUGCUUCAAGAAGCUUACAAUUUUUGAUUGGGCAGGUUGGGUUGUGAGACCUAAAAGGGAUGGUUCUUUUUGUUGACUUCUGUAGGUUUUUUUUUUUUUUUCAUUGUAUUUUCCAGCCAUUCUGCUCAAUAACCACUAACCUUGUGGCACUAUUAUUUUAUUACCCUCUUUGUACAAAAUUUUUCUACUUUUGUUGAGACACUUCGGGGGGAGGGGGGGGGAAACAAAAAACUGAGGAACAUGACUUUAUUUGCUCUUCUGGACUGAAUUCCUGACUCCGCAGGCAGAGGAGGGGGCGUCGCCUUGUCCUUUCUGCCCACUGUGAUUGGGUGAGAGGGUGUGAAGGUCUUGGGUUGCAUUGCCUAUGCAGUUUCAUCAUCUUCACCAACCAGAAAAAAACAAAAAAUGACUAUUGAACAGGCUGUUACAUUCCAGCUCGUGAUUCUUCUGGAUUGUUCUUCACUACUCGGUGCACUAGCGAAUCAUCGUUUUGUUUACAUCACACGUGGCCAGGUUUAUAAAUGGUAUUAUUAUUGGGUAAUCCGAGUUGUUUUUUUUAAAUUCCACAAUGAUAAGAGUUCCUAGAACCGCGUUUUUUUAUUUGAGCCAGGCGAUAUCAGGCUUAAAAGGGUAAUUAUUACUGGGUUUUUUUAAAAAAUGUUCCUAACAGAAAACUUGUUUUUUUUUUAUAUUAAAGGUGUCGUUUUCCCAAAGGCAUUAAUUCUCUAGAAUUUCCAAAUUGCGGGAAAAAAAAACCUAAAACCAUUUUUACGCCCCGUCUGUUUUACUGUUCAGGUGAAAAAUUGUUACUGUACUUUGCGAUGUUGUCUAUCCUUGACCAGACAACAGAAGACUUGUAAUAUUUGUAGCCUCUCUCCACUGAAGGACGUCAAUAAUAAAGUUGUUUUUACACUA